AUGGAGACCUGGGUUUUGAUACCACAAGAACUAUCACUUGCCAUAACUCCAUCAUCUGAACGUACGAACGAACGUGAUCGUAACAAGGGUAACGUCACCGUGUUUUCGAACGUGCGCGUGUCACAAGGAACGUUUUUCUAUCCUUUUCAAGGAACUGUUAGAUUAGACAAGAUCGAUGUUAAUUCACAACAUUUGGAUGAAACCGAUGUCAUUACCGACUAA